CUCGUGACAGAGUCACGUGAGCGGCCCGCAGCGUGACGUGACAUCAGCUGACUGCGGGCAACAGAGGAAGAAGACAAAUCCUCCGCCGACCUUCAUUUUGGUGAAUUUCUCCGGUUGUUCCGCAGCUUUCCUCCCCGACAUGGCGAGUCAGUCUCAGGGCAUCCAGCAGCUGCUGCAGGCCGAGAAGAGAGCGGCCGAGAAGGUGGCCGAGGCCCGCAAACGUAAGAACCGGCGUCUGAAGCAGGCGAAGGAAGAAGCUCAGGCUGAGAUCGAACAGUAUCGACUGCAGCGGGAGAAAGAGUUUAAGACCAAAGAGGCGGCGGCCCUUGGUUCCCAUGGCAACAGUGCGGUGGAGGUGGACCGCGACACCGCUGAGCGAAUGGGUCGUAUCCAGGCCAGUUACCGUGGUAACAGGGAGGCGGUGCUGGGCGAGCUGCUGAGACACGUCUGUGACAUCAAGCCAGAGUUUCAUGCCAACUACCGUGUCGCCGGCUGAGGGGGCGGGGUCACGAAACGACAUAGGCGGGGGUAACUCGGGGGGCAGGGCAAACAGAGGAGACAUGGACGCUAGCAUCAUUAGCAUCAUAGCUUCAAUCAUAGCUAAAGUUUUUGUGACUCAAACAAAAUUGAAAUUCUCCUAGAAGUUUUUAUUUUGAACGGUGCAAAGUUCAUAACUUCCUGUUUCCUGCUCCGAACAAAGAAGAGAACGUUAAUAAAUGUUGUUACUGUGUUGAUGUUUACCAAAUAUUUAUAUCAGAAUUAAGUUUUGUUCCUGAAUCUAACAAAAUAAGUCUUUCUUCACUGGUUCUCUGUCAGCCAAUCAGCUGUCAGUUUAAAACAAGAGUAAAUCUGAUUCAAUGAGCUGAUUGGUUGUUUGUCUGUGAAUGCUCUCCUCCAAUCGCCUGACGAACAUGAAAGGCUUUUAUUGUGAAACUCUUGUACAUUACCAUAGUGUGUUGGUUGUUUCCUGUGUGUGACCAUGUGACUUCCUGUUGAUGUUUGUGAGGCGAUGAUGACCAACAGAAAACAUUAAACUGAAUGAUGAUUGGCUGACACUGUGUCGUGCUGCUCUGUGAUUGGCUGAAGGUCUUCUCAAGGCGGUCUUGACAAGUCCUUGAGAGACCUCUGUGAAUUUGAGGGCAGGUCCUUGAAAAGAUUGCAGAUGCAGCCUAUAAUCUGUAGAGUAACUAGUUACUCAAGUAAACAAAUAAAUGUUUCACAGUCACCUGCUCUGUAUGUGGUGUAAUCACAUUACUGCUGUGUUGUAGAAGUAUUCACAGUCAUGCUUGAAUAAAAGUAAACAUGUA